UCUAUUAUUGUUUUUUUUUGUUGAACAGUUGAUAGGAUUGGAUUGGAUAGAAGAAGGCAGCUAAAAAGACAAAGAACCAGCAUAAAGAUGCCUCGCCUAGUUAAUGGGCGCGAGGCCGCACCCACAUACUCCAAUUUGGUUGGCUUCAUAUUCAUCUUUAAUCUUAUUGUGGGAACUGGAGCUCUAACGCUACCCGGAGUUUUUGCCAGGGCAGGAUGGAUGCUGUCGCUGAUAGUCAUUGUCCUACUGGCCAUUAUAAGUUAUAUGACGGUGACCUUUAUCAUCGAGGCGAUGGCCUGUGCAAAUGCCAUUCGGAAUUGGCAAACCCUGCAGGCCCUGCGUCAAAGUCGAAGUUCUGCAGAGAACAGUGACAACGAUGAUAAUGCGGAUGAAGUUUCCGUGGCAUCCGGAGCCGAUCAAGGGGGAGACUUCGAGCGGGUCCCAUUGACCAUCCAAAACAGGGAGUUCCAUUACUAUCAGCUAUCCCACAAAUUCGAACUGGGCGAAAUGGCGACUCUCUUCUUCAACGAAUUCGGACGCAUUAUGUUCUAUCUCUGCCUGAUUGUUUAUCUCUACGGAGAUCUGAGCAUAUAUUCCGCCGCCGUGGCAAGAAGUCUGCGUGACGUCGUAUGUGAUCAAACAAAUGGAACGGACGCAAAAACCCUAAUGUAUUGGGCAGGAGACUUUGAAAAUAAUACUGCUCGGGCUUGCUGGAAGGAACAUACCAUAUCUCGGUUGAGCAUGUACAGGGUGUUUUUAAUUGGAUUCACUCUGAUCUUUGGUCCGUUUGUAUAUUUUAAUAUACAAAAAACCAAGUACCUUCAGAUGCUCACUGCUGCCUUUCGAUGGAUGGCUUUUACCCUUAUGAUCUGCAUAUCACUGAAACUACUUAUCACCAGAGGACCCAAGGGUCAUCCAGAGACCUUUAAUGUAUACGGCAUUCCUUCGCUUUUCGGCGCUUGCGUCUACUCCUUUAUGUGCCAUCAUUCACUGCCCAGUUUGUUGGCUCCCCUUAGGCACAAGUCGAUGGUGGCGAAAAUUCUCUCCUUCGACUAUAUAAUCAUUUGUGCAUUCUACAUUUUACUUGCCAUGACAGGUAUUUUUGCCUUUGAGAGAAUCGAAGACCUGUACACAUUGGAUUUCCUACCCAACGAUGUGGCUUACAUAGACUUUUGGUCAGGUCUUUUAAUUGGCAUUGAUUAUUUCCUGGCACUUUUCCCCAUCUUUACGCUAUCCACCAGUUUUCCGAUUGUGGCCAUUACUUUGAAGAACAAUCUUCAAUCCCUUUUCCUAGACACGUCGCAAUAUGAAACUUAUAGCCUUUUUGUGCGUUUGUGCUUUCCACUUCUUGCUAUUAUACCGCCGUUUUGUAUCACCUAUUUUACGGAAAGUUUGUCCAGUUUGGUGGCAUUUACUGGCACCUACGCAGGCACUGGCAUACAGUACAUAAUCCCCGUAUUUUUGGUUUACUUCUCAAGGCGCACUUGCUCAGAGCUCUUGGGCAGCGGCGUAGUCAAUCGAUUUCAAAGUCCUUUCAAGUCCAGUGCCUGGCUGGUUUUCGUUUUUAUUUGGUCCAUUUUAAGCGUCUGUUUGGUAUCUAUCAAUUUGUUCAGUUAGGUUAAACUGUCUGUUUAGAUUAUUUAAUGGCAAUGAGCUUAUUACCGGAUAAUAAAGUUCCAUGUCAAAUAUUUUUACAGAAAGUUUAACUAUCUUAUUUUGUAUCUGUAUAUACUUAAGAACGAAUUUAUAUAAAAUAUGCGAAUAGCUAUGUAAGUCAGUAUUGAAAUCGGCUGUGAAACAUAAAUUUCUAUUGAACUCUUUGUAUAUGGUCUGAACUGUUACAUUUUACGAUCUGUAUAGAUUCAGUAAUAUAAUAUUCGUAUUUUCAUCUUAAAAAUUUGUUCCGAAAUUAAGAUUUAUAUAUUUUAAACGAAAAUAUUUAUUGUUAAAACAGUAGAGAAAUUCAAAGUCUAUAUGUGAAAUAUAUGAAAUGUAUUUAAUUUUAAGAUCGCUCAAUUCAAAUAUAUACAU